UCCGAUCAGCCGAAUCUAGAAAACACUCCAUUCUAGUGAACUCUUGAGCAAACAAUCCGUGAAUCAAGUAAGGCAAUUGCCUUUUUUUCGCGCCAUGUGCUAUCAGCAGCGGAAGACUUUCUUAUCAUUGAUGAAGUCAGAUGAACCAUUGCAUUGACUUAUUCUGCUAGCAUGGGCAGUAUCAGCUCCAAAAUUUCAUCCAUCAUCUGUCCAACACAACCACCAAAUGCUCAGGUGCCGAAAGAAAAGGAAAUUGUUCGCUUUUUCAUGAUAGGGACUGGUGCAGCUGGAAAGACUACGGUCAUAAGGCAAUUGAAAUGUCUUUGCAAGGAAAGACCGAAAAAUUAUAAGGCUUACGACAAUGAAUGGAAUCUCAUUCCACCGGAAAACAUUUUCUCCGAAGAAGAGAUUGUGCACUAUCGAAAAAUUAUUCGCAUUAACAUCACUUAUGCCGUCUACAAUCUUCUACAACAAACAAUACAAUGGGGUCACGACUGUUCGGCUGUCGAAAGUGCCCAGACUCUCAUCCAGAUGGUUGAAAGGGCAGACCUCGAAGGAAGAGGCAAAUUCAAUAUGAACAUUCCAUCAGCGCUUGGCAAGGACUUGGUCGAAGUUCUCAUAGAUCCAAAUGUAGCUGAUACAUUGCAUAAUCACGACAAAAUGGCACGCAUAUGGCACUUAGAGGAUGGAACACUGCAUUUCCUCACUGAAGAACAUAUCAAGCGCUUGUUUGAUGAUGAAGCAGAGCUGACGAUGAGCGACAUCGUGCACUCCAGAUAUCCAACAACAGACAGCCAAGACUUCAGAUUCAGUAUAAGCAGCAUGAAGAUACAAAUACAUGAUAUGGGUGGACAGCCGACCGAACUGGCAAAACUACCAGAAUUCAUCAAUCACUGGGUCUCGCAAGAUCGCGAGGGAUACAAAAAUUUUGUACUUUUCGUGACCUCAAUGGCUGACUUCAAUGUACCCGAUGAAGAUGAGCCCACAAAGACGGCUUUAGAACGAAGCGUUAAGAUACUAGAGAUAAUUUUGCGCGAGGAUAUAGUGCGGAGAUGUGGACUUCUGAUCUUUUUCAACAAGCAAGACAGAUUUGAUGACAUUGUGACAUACCUGCAAAAGACAAAAGAAGGGAGGAUGGAGAUCGCCAAAUUUCUCGGAAAUGCGAUGGGUGAAAAAGAUAAAUUGAAGCUGAGCGAUGGACAAUGUGAUAUCUAUGCGCUGUACAAUGCAUUAGCAGAUAAAUUUGAUGACGUUAUAAAGAAGCAACGAAGAGAAACAUAUGGUCGAGGGGUCUAUAUGAGAUUUACGCAAGCAGUUGACUCCAAAAUUAUGGCAGACAUCUUCAAAGUCAUAAAAAACGAAAUCAUCAAAAAUUUCAUAGACACUGGGGGUUGGAUACCAUAAAAUACUGUAAGUAUGUACAUAUGUAUGUAUAAAAGGUUUUUAAAUAAAGAAGUAUAAUACUAUC